CUGGUUGUCUAAUGCCUUUCUAUUAUGAACCAGGUGGAAAAUACUAUUCGAUGGAGGGUACGCCGGGAUGAAGGAGGAUAUAAAAUUAAAGAAAGCAAUGCUCGGAUAGUCAAGUGGUCAGAUGGAAGCAUGUCCUUACAUUUAGGCAGCGAAGUGUUUGAUGUCUACCAAGCCCCACUGCAGGACAAUUACAAUCAACUGUUUAUAAAAGAAGACACUGGCCUGCGAGGACAAGCCAUCUUUAAAUCUAGACUUACUUUCAGACCUCACCCUACAGACAGUGCAGCAUAUAAAAAGAUGGCCCUUUCACUUGGGAACACAAAUUCUAAGACACAGAUCAGAAUCUUACCAAUGGCUGGUCACGAUCCUGAGUGCCAACACAGAGAAAUAACUAAGAAAAAAGAAUGCUCGAGAGUGCCUACUUACCAUUUGCGGAGGAAGAACCAGCAGGGCUCACACUCCACCCUCCAGGAUCCUGACAGUGAUGAUGAGGAAGAGGAAGAAGAGAAGGAAGGAGAGAAGGAAGAUGAGAAAGAAGAAAAGGAAGGAGAGGAAGAAGAGGAAAGAGAGAAGGAAGAGGAAGGAGAGGAGAGGAAGAAGAGGAACAAGCCACAUCGUCCUCAGACAGUGAUGAGGGAUCCAAAGAAGAUAAGGCCCCAAAAUUAAAGAAUCAAAGCAGAGACUCGCCAGUGACAGAGAAGCACUGAAGCAGAGGAACGUAUUUCAAGUGAUGUGACAGAAACACCAGUCAGCACUGAAUGAAGAGUGUCCCUUUUGUCAGCCAUCCAGGAAAACCUGUUUCAGGAGUCUGGCCUCCCAGAGAUAGUGCUGUGUGGACACAGGUCACAGGGCAGAUUCUUCCUUUAUUUAUCAUCUCAGAACUACUUUGGGCAAGAUCCCCAGAAAUGUCUUAUGUUGAAUUUUACAACCUCUCUCUGUUUGUUCAGGAAGUGAACCUUCCAGAAAGAGGAAGCAGGGGGGCAAAGAAGACUGAAGCAUGAAAGCACACUAGUGUAUGUCAUUUUCAAGCUAAGUGCGUUGUGGAGUUGAAUCUAGGGCAUUGUGCCUAUUGAGCAUGUAUCUGACUACUAAGCUACAUCCCUAUCCCUUCAGCAGUUUGUAUUAAAGUGAUAAAAGACUUUUUACCAACAGGAACUGACUAGAUGGGUGAUGCAGAAACUCCAAAGUUCCAUUCUCCUUCCCGUUUAUUGCACAAUUUUGUUGUUGUAUAGCAAAAACAUUUGUAAUUAGCAUUAGCUCUAGAAAGGGGAUUUAGACUCAUGUAGAACAUCCAGAGGUCCUCAGCAUCAGUUCUAAGUUUAGGGUUCUUUAUAUGGUGCUGGCCUUUGGGAGUUCAGGUGUACACGAGCCUUCAGGUCAACUCUUGCAAACCAUGCAUGAAAGCUUAACAUUUGAAGGAGGAAAGAUGUUUGGCAAUUUUGUAUUCCAUGUGGUUAGUCACCUCUAUUUGGUGUCUAAAAGAGCAGGGGUGACCUCAGCUCAGCAUUGUUAACUGAGCUCGUUCAGAGUACACAUGGAGGCACUGUCUCUCCAGGCACAGCCCCUAGCACUCAAGUCCUCUCUAACUCAGGAGAGCUGCUUGCAACUCAAGCAACUAGACCUCCCUGACUAUCCACAGAAGGGAAAACAACAUGGCCAUUUUUACUCAUAAAAAUAGUGAUUUCACCCAGGUAUGGUGGCUCAUGUCUAAUCCUAGUACAUGGGAGGCUGAGGCAGGAAGACUGCUGUGAGUCUAAGGCCAGUCUGGACUACAAAGAGACCCAGUCUCAAACAAAAAGUAAUUUCAUGCAAUUCAAUUUAUUAUCAGUACUCACUCUUGUCUGUCUAUAAAAUUAAACUGGGUUUGGAGAGGUGGCUUAGUGGGUAAGAGCACUGGCUGCUCUUGCAGAGCACCCAGGAUCAU